AUGGAAUAUAGAUGGAAUAACUAUCCACUCCUCCUAUGCAAAUUCAUGGCUGACAAAGCAAAAAUACCAUCAUUUGUUGAGAUUAUUGUGCACAUGAACCUAGAGCUUUAUUCUCUAAAGAGACAAGAGCAGAAUUUCAAAAAUGUUCUUCAGCUGAUGAAAGGAUCAUUUUUUAAACAUGGGGAGAAGGAGGCACUUAGAUCUUGUGUGAAGGCCAUUUUGUUUUGUUCUACAGAGAGUCAAGGAGAGUUGAAAGAUUUUGCUGGUAAUAAAUUAAAGAAUCUUGAAGAUGAGCUAAUUGCUAAGCUUAAAUCUGCAAUGAAAGAAGCAGUGGGUGGUGAUGAAUAUUUUCUUCUUGUAAAUUUAAAAAGGUUAUACGAGCUUCAACUGUCAAAAGUUGUACCCAUAGAGAGUAUCUUUGAAGAUAUAGUCAAGGUUAUCCACAGUUUCAGAAAUGUGGAUGAUGACGUUGUCAGUUUUCUGCUUCUCAAUAUGUAUCUGCAUGUAGCAUGGUCGCUGCAGUCUAUUGUGAAUAGUGAAACUAUCUCUGAGGCACAAUUAUCCUCCCUGCUUUCUAAAUGCAAUAUCUUGUUUGAGGAACUUGAGUACUUUCUUAGGACACCUUCAGAAGAAACAAAAGUUAACAAGUACUCGAAUCUCCUAGCUUGCAGGGUUUGUAUUAUACUUGCAGAGGCCUGGUGUUUGUUUAGACACACAAAUUUUUCUUCAAAAAAGCUGGAAAGCUUAGGAUGUUGUCCAGAUACAUCUGUUGUUCAAAAAUUCUGGGAACUUUGUGAACAGCAGCUCAACAUUUCAGAUGAGACAGAUGAUGAAGACACAAACAAAGAGUACAUUGAGAAGACAAAUAGAGAUGCAGUUAUGAUAGCUGCAGCAAAGUUGACUGCUAGUGAUACAGUUUCCAAGGAAUCUCUUGCCCCUGGGAUCAUUUCUCACUUUGUGAUGCAUGGAACAAGUGUUGCAGAGAUAGUCAAGCAUCUACUCACUAUUAUAAAGAAAAAAGAUGAUGAUAUUUCCAAUAUUUUUCUAGAAGCAUUGAAAAGGGCCCAUCAAUGGCAUUUGGAGGAACUUUCUAAAAGUGAUGGUGGAUCAGUUAUACGAAAAUCUUUUCAAGACUGCAAGGACCUGGCAGCUCGACUUUCUAGCAAAUUCAUGGGUGCUGCUUGGAACAAGCAUAGAGCAGACAUCUUAAAAAUUAUCAAGGAGGGCAUUGAAUAUGCUUUCAAAAACGCUCCAAAACAGCUAUCUUUUCUGGAAAGUGCCAUGCUGCAUUUUGUGUCCAAACUUCCAACACCUGAUGUCUUGGAAAUUCUAAAAGAUGUUCAAAGUAGAACAAAGAAUGUAAACACUGAUGAAGAUCCCAAUGGUUGGCGUCCUUACUUCACAUUUGUUGACAACUUACGAGAGAAGUAUGCAAAGAAUGAAGGGUUGCCAGAUGAGAAAGAGGGGACUAAUGUAAGAUGCAGGGGUCGUCCAAAGAAGCGGCAAAACAUAGUUCCAACUAUGCAGUAA